AUGGGAAGUUCAACCGUGACUGAAGCAUGGGAGAAAACAACGGAUGUUGCGGCGGAGAAAGAUUUGGCUCGGCCGAAGAUGAUUGAGCGCGAACCGGAAACAGCGAAUUUGGUCAACCUUGUUGGAUUCGCCGAUCAACCCGUUCAAUUUCGGUCUUAUUCCGACGGAAAAUCCUGGGCUGGAACCGUUAUCUCUCAAAGCUCCGCUCUCCAUGUAAAGAAAGACGACCGGAUUCAUAUUUUCCGGGAAGCCCUUUAUAGAUUCGACUCCUACGAACGUGGCGUAUCUUCAAUCCAAUGUCCAGGUCGUCCAACACAGAUUAUGGUUCAGAAUCUCAGCUUCCUAGAGGCUACGAUCCCACCACCUGAAAUUGAAGAAAUCAGCACCAAGGAGCAGCCUUAUAUGUCAUCUAAGACGGCUACAGUCAUGGGUGAAGAAACCUCUAAUGCUUGGAAGCACCUGCUUGAAAAUCCUAAGAAGUUCUUCCUGGAGGAAAGAUCCCUGCAGAUGGUGUUGUGGUUUGGGGUUCAAGUUAUUAUGGUGACUGGUGAAUCAGUUCCUGUGUCAAAAGAGGUUGAAUCGCCAGUGAUCGGGGGUACUAUUAAUAUGCAUGGUGCUCUUCACAUGAAAGCUACAAAAGUGGGAUCUGAUGCAGUUCUGAGCCAGAUCAUUAGUUUGGUCGAGACGGCCCAAAUGUCUGAAGCUCCUGUCCAGAAAUUUGCGGACUAUGUUGCAAGUAUAUUUGUUCCGGUAGUGAUUAUUUUGGCAUUGUUCACUUUAAUAGGCUGGUCAAUUGGUGGAGCUGUUGGAGCUAAAGUUAUCCUGGCUUGUCUCUCUGUGUAUUGGGAAAUAAAGAGAAUUUAUCAUAAACAUGCAUUAAUCUUUAUGGUCAUUCAUAGUUAUUCAACCAAAAAAAUUGUACGGCUCAAAUGUGUCCGUUGUUUUAUUAUUUCUUUAUCCCUAUCACUACGUUAUUAUUUGACAUACUAAUCAUUAACAUUACCAUUUCC